AUGAAGACCACCACCGCAAUCGUCACCGGGCUCACCGCCGCUUCCAUCGUCGCCGCGGCCCCGACCGCCGACAACGACGCCGCUCCGAAGAAGAGGGACGCCGCCACGGGCCCCAGCGAGGACUGGGUGGCCCGGAUUCGCGUUGAGCGUGAGGAGCCUCCGACCCCUGUCCUCAGGCGAGAGCCUGUUAUGAGCUCCGACGGGGGCCUCAACUCCACCAUCAUGAAGACAUCCACCCUCGUCACCACCCUCGCCAUCGUGUCCGUCGCAACGGCGGCUCCUACCCCGACCACUCCGGACGCGUCUCUCGAGAGGAAGGAUGCCGGUCCCGACGCCAGCUCCGAGGACUCGUUCACGCACACGCUGGUCGAGCGCGAUGGCCCCAACCCCGUCGAGCGCGGUGAUUCCUACGCCGUCCCGGGCGCCGUAGGUGGGCCCCCAGUGCCCUGCUACACGAAGCUUCCCGGAACCGACUACUGUCCUCCCCACUGUCGCCAGCAGUAG